AUGGCCAUCCCAGCAGACAAGACCCUCGCACGCAGAGUACACACCGCCCUCGCAGCCCUCCCCAGCAGGCUUUCCCCAUCCCGACGCGCAUCCAAUGCCCCACAUCCUGCCCACCUCCAACCCCCAACACACCCCGCCCUCCCCAUACUUCCACCCGAAGUCUGGCUCCUCAUCAUCCGCGAAGCCACUCUCUACGCUCCAGACCCCCUCGGUCUCGGCCUCGGCGCCCCCUCCUUCCUCUCCCCAACCGAGGGCGCAUCCCCUGGCUCCAGCUCUGGCACCGCCCAGCACCGCGCCUACCGAACCGCCCUCCGCACCAAACGCACCCUCGCCCUCGUCAACAAGCAGUGGUCAGCCCUCAUCCAGCCCUACCUAUACGAGUUCAUCUGGCUAUCAAGCGCCGCCCAGGCCAAAGCCCUCGCCCUCACGCUUCUCACCCAGUUCGUCCAGUCCCGACCCAUAUCCGGCAUCUACAUCAAGCGGCUGCAUCUCGAGACUCCCGCGCUGCGUCGCUGUGCGACGGACGACGUGCGAACCAUUCUCGAGUACGCCCCGGGUCUUAUUGCGUACGCGGACCAGUGCGCUGUCAGGUGCGCGCGCGCCCUCGAGUGGAGGGACGUAAGGAGCAGUCCGGAGGAGAUGGUUGCCCCAUUGGGAGGCGGUGGGCGGAAGCUCAGGCGGCUCAGUAUCACCAACUACGGCGAUGCCCCGUUCCCACUGCACGUAUCUCCCGUCCUGAGGCAGAGCGCGGCCCAGCUUGAGUAUCUCGAGCUCUCGUCCGCGUCUAUACCCCUCGUCUCGCCCUUUGCUCUCGGUCUGGCCCUUGGCGCUUUCUCUACCGACAACGUAACCGGUGUCCCUGGAGGCCUGGAAGAGGCACCAGUCGUUCAUCUCCCCGUUUUACAAUCCCUCAAGCUUACGCUCGACAAUACGACGUUUGCCGUCCUCGCGAGAUGGGACAUGCCCUCUUUGAGGAAUGUGUGCGUCACUGCGGCCGACUACGCGUACGCAGGUGCCGGCUUCGCGCGCUUCUUCGAGGCACAUGGCGAGCGAGUCAGGCAACUCGAGCUCGGUCACUCGAGCGCGCUGCUCGAAGAAGCUGGGGUGGUGCUCACACCUCUUCCUGCGCUUGGCGGUGCGUUUGGCAACGGAGGGCAGGGCCAGACGACAAACAACGGCAACAAUGGAGAACCAGUGGGCCUCGCGACGUGGUGUCCCAAUCUCGACGAGUUCAUCUGCUCCGCGGACGCGGCGUGGAACUGGCGCCGCCCGGACUGGAUCGCGCCGCACGUGCUGCUUCCCUCGCAUCCGACGCUCUCCGUGAUCGGUAUCCGCGAUAUCGACACGCGCAUGGCGGACGACGCGGCUGCGUUUCCUGUUCCGUCGCAUUAUGGCGCCACCGGCCAUGGGGUACAGGGUGAUGGGGAUGAUGAGGAUGGGUAUGGGGUGGAGAGCGAGGACGCGCCGUUUUUCCCGCUCGUCGAGCAGAUCGGCAGUUUGUUGCAUGGGGAGGCGUUCCCGUCGCUGCGGUGCAUUCGGGAUCUGAGCAGGGCGAGUGCGGCGCUGCGCGUCGGCGCGCGCCGGUCUGCGUUUGCACCCGACGUGUCUCCUCGGGCGCAGAGUUCGGUGGCGCCGGCACCGCUGAAGGCGAAGAAGCGACAGAGUCUCGGCUCGGGGCUCCUCCGCGCCCUCACGACGCGCGGGUCUCGCUCGCGCUCGCGCACCCACCCUCAACUCACUACGCUGCCAGAGCUCGAGCAGCUCGACAUGGCCGACGCGCUCGCGUCCUCUCCCGCGCUCAUGGAUUCCUACGCGGACCUCAACAUGGACAUGGACAUCGGCCCUCUGGCGUCGCUCACGGGCCCGCACGGGCGUCCGCAGACAAGGGUGCUGAAGAUGUGGGCGAGGAUUCUGGCGCGGUGCGGGGAGCACGGCGUGUGGCUUGAGGACUGGCGCGGGGUGAAUGUGACGAGGCAGGAUUUGAGGAGGGCUGGGUUGGUUGCGGCAUGAGCGUGAGCCUGAACUUUCGCUACUAGAGUUCGUUCGGCAUCUCUCGAUACCAUUUUCUCUUUCUCGGACUGAGCUUGUCCGGAAGGACGUCUUUUCCGGGCGCGAGUGUCCUCGUUAUCAUACCCCUUCUUGUUCGCCCUUUCUCCUUUCACUCAAGUCUUCAAAGCUUCACUUCUUGCCUUGACUCGACCCUUUACCCAUGUACAUCUCGUCCGUCGCUCCAUAUACUGUAUAUCCCAACCCCAUUCCCAUCCAUCCCAUGCAUACAUACAUCACAUAAACAUCAUCAUCAUCGACC